GCUACAGGGUGUGAGGUCAUAAAGGUGAUGCAGAUAAGUUCCGUCACGCGGCCGUUUCACAACAUUCCGUGUGGAGCUGCGAAGAGAAUAGCUGCGACAAUGAGCUGCCUCUGGUUCUGGUGCUGCCGAGUUCACGAGGCCGACUCGGACACGGACAGCAACAGAAAAGAGGAGCAGCAGAGUGAGAAGAGAAAGAAAGGAAAGAAGAAGAGGAGCAGGAGGAAAUGGAAAAUUCAUUGGAAGAAAGAAAGAAAGAACAACAUCAACAAAGAGGAAGAAGCAGAAAAAGAAAAGAGGCCAACAAACCAGCAGCCAGCAAAGGUGGAGGAAGAGGCCGAUGUUCUGGACCUGCCAGUAGGCCUCGAGUCCGGCAGCCUUAAAAGCGUCUCGGCUGAGACGCUGGAGAACACGGCACCUCCACUACAGGAGAACCUCACUGAAGAGGGAGAUGAAGCCAUUAAACAUCUAAUGAAAAUGAUGCUGGAUGAGGUGGAGACACGCAUAGAGCAGCUUCUGAAAGCUGAGACAGUGAUGAUGACGGUGGCUGAUGAAGCGGCUGCUGAAGCCACCAACGAAACCAUCAGCAUCUGUCUGGACAAGGCUGAGCAGAAACAUCUGGAUCAUCUAGUGAGCACCAACAAUGAUGUAGCUGAAGCCAUCAGAGAGCUCCUGGAGAUCCUGUUCGAUGAUGCUUUGUCAGCGAGUGUCCAGCCUCUGGCAGAAAAUGAAAUGAUGACGGUGGCUGAUGAAGCGGCUGCUGAAGCCACUAAUGAGCUCAUGGACAUCAACCUAGACGAGCCUGAGGAGGAAACUCUGGAGAAACAUCUGGAUCAUCUAGUGAGCUCCAACAAUGAUGCAGCUGAAGCCAUCAGAGAGCUCCUGGAGAUCCUGUUCGAUGAUGCUCUGUCAGCGAGUCUCCAGCCUCUGGGUGAGUAA